ACGUUUCCCUCGGAAUUAAAUCAAUGCCCCUGGAAAAAAUGCCGCUAUCUAAAGUCUUUCAAGUCAACUAAAUGCUUUUCAAGUUAUCAAGUCUUUGUUUCCUUCCUCUACACUUCCAUUGAAAACUUGGUAUCAAAUUCCCACACUUCAUCUGACGCAAAGUAUGAUCUCCUCAAACUAACACACACUGUUCACAAAUAAUCUUUCAAUUCUUCUAUCCCUUCUCUUCACAGCAAAAGAAAAUGAACCACCGCCGUUCCCCGUCAUCACUUUUUCCCCUUCUUAUUAUUUUCGUAUUCCAAGUCGUGCGUGGGAUUCCUCAGUCAUUAGGCUACCCUCACGGUUACACGGAGUGUAGUGAUCCAAAGUUCAAAUGUUGGAACAUCUCUACUGGGUAUCCUUUUCUUGGAGAUGGCAUACCAUGGGGUUGUGGACAUCCUGGUCUGCAAUUGUAUUGUGAAAAUGAUACUCCUACAAUAGAAAUCGUUAAUGUGAAAUAUCAGGUGCUGGAUAUCGAUCGGGAUCGUCAAACACUAAGGAUUGCGAGGCAGGACUUCAUCAAGAAUGAUUUAUGUAACCCAGAAUUUCCAAAUUCGACCCUUGAUUAUGAGCUCUUCGACUUCGUCCAUGAUCCUCCUUAUUCCAACGUUACUCUGCUUUAUGGUUGCCGCGAUUUCACACCAACGACUUUUCUCGGACACUUAAAUUGCCCGGAAAAUAUAAAAGGUUACAAGGACUUUUGGGUCGGACCGGCCGAAGUUAUUAGUUCUGUGCCAUGUUCUGCUAAUGUUACUGUUCCGGUUCUUCGAUCUCCGUUUGCAAAAUUCUUCGAUUACCCAUUUCUUCUAGGAGAAUUAAACAAAGGAUUUGAGGUAAAAUGGAAGCUGGAUAGCCAAGCAUGUCCGAAGUGCAUCGGAACCGGAGGAGCAUGUGGUUUUGGCCCUGAAAAUCAAACGAUUUGCUACUGCCUAAACGAAAAAAAUUUAUCUUAUUGGGAGGAAACCGGAUGCCCUCCUCGCCGAGGCGAAAAGAAAACCAAUGUUGGCCGUACAAUAGGCCUUGCAAUAGCUGGUGCAGUUAUAGCUGGUAUACUUCUGGGCGUGGGAUUUUUCAGCUGCAGACAACAAAGGAGAAAGAAAAUUGCAGACCAGAUUAAGAGCAGAGACCUUCCAACACCUCCCUCAAACAAUGGACCACCUACUUCUACAAGUAAUCUGUCUCAAACCAUUCAUUCACAUCCCAUCUCAAUAUAUGGCCUUGAAAAGGGGAGCACCUACUUUGGAGCCCAUGUCUUUAGCUACGAAGAACUUGAGGAAGCCACUGAAAAUUUCAAUCCUUCUAAAGAACUUGGAGAAGGAGGCUUUGGAACUGUUUACUAUGGUGUACUCAAUGAUGGGCGUGUAGUUGCAGUUAAGCGCCUAUACGAGAGCAAUUUCAAGCGUGUUGAUCAGUACAUGAAUGAAAUCGCAAUCCUCACUCGCAUACGCCAUCCAAACCUUGUCACACUCUAUGGAUGCACCUCGAGACGUAGCAGAGAACUUCUCCUUGUUUAUGAGUACAUUCCUAAUGGAACUGUGGCUGAUCAUUUACAUGGAAAGCUGUCAAACUCUGGUUUGCUUACUUGGCCUGUUAGGUUGAAUAUUGCUGUAGAGACAGCAAAUGCACUGGCUUACCUCCAUGCAACAGAUAUUAUACAUCGCGAUGUUAAGACCAACAACAUUCUUCUAGAUGAGAAUUUCCGCGUAAAAGUGGCUGAUUUUGGUCUCUCACGAUUGUUUCCUAAUGAUGUUACUCAUGUCUCAACUGCUCCACAAGGCACACCGGGCUAUGUUGAUCCUGAGUAUUACCAAUGCUACCAGCUCACCGAGAAAAGUGAUGUUUAUAGUUUUGGAGUGGUCUUGAUUGAGCUUAUUUCAGCAAAACAGGCUGUGGACACCAAUAGGCACCGACAUGAUAUUAAUUUGGCUAAAAUGGCUGUCAGCAGAAUCCAGAAUCAUGCAUUGCAUGAAUUGGUUGAUCCAUCUCUUGGAUUUGAGAACGAUUUUGCUGUGAAAAGAAUGGUGACGGCAGUGGCAGAACUGGCUUUUCAGUGUCUGCAACAAGAGAGGGAUAUGAGACCUUCAAUGGAAGAAGUGCUGGAGACAUUGAGAGAAAUUCAUAAUGAAGAGUUGGGAGUCCAAACAGCAGAGGUGGUGGAUAUUAGAUCAGAUGAUGUUGGACUAUUGAAGCACAUUCCUCCUCCGCUUUCUCCUGAUUCAGUGACUGAUAAAUGGAUGCAGAUAAGAUCGAUGUAAUCAGUCUUCUGCUCAUGAUGGGAUUGCAGAGGAGAGUGCAUGCCAGCAGCAUUCACAGUUCAGGAUUUUCUUUUCCAUCAGCGAAAUUGUAAUGGUGAUAUACCUUGCGGACAUGCAAUAAACAUUUGAUCAAGUAAUAGGAAAUGCUUGAAAACAUAUGGUUCUGGAAUGCAGCUACCUAGCACUUUGAUAUAUAGGGAACUAAUGCAUUAUAAACUCUGAUAGAACAUUACAUGUAAAUUGUUGUUAAACUAAUAUAUCGUCUAUAAUUUUGAGCUUACGAUUCACAGAUGCACUGGAAGCCAUCUUUAAUGUUGAUUGACCUGGAAAUUUCACAUAUUUAACAGUUAAAGAUUAGAUUGGCAAAUCAGGUUUUUUUUUUUUUUUAAUUUAUAUUUGAUGCAUUAACAAUACAUAAAUGCUAC